AUGGACCCCCUUCAACCUUGUGCACCUCAAUAUCUCAGAUGUUCGCUUUCAACUCCUUUGUUUAGUCAGACUUCUCAAACACAACGCCAAAGUCCUUUACAAAGGUACUACGAUGCACCUUCUAUGGUUCCUCAAAGUUCUCAAUACACUCAAAGUAGUCAGUUUAGUACAGUUCAAAUACCAUAUUCUUUCCAGGUUGUACGUCCAGUGUUCCAGUCGUCAUUCUCUCAAGUGACAUGUGCACCUCUUACCUCAUCUUGUGAACAACAAGACUUAAAGACUCAACAACAGUAUCCACUCUCUACUUUUGGUGAACAAGGAGGUAGACACUCAAUGACCUUUUUACAACCUCCACUUCUUAGAAAUAGAAUGUCUCCAAUUAACUUCACUGUGCAAACAAAGCUAGAUCCCAUUACUUCAUCUUUUAAAAAUACAGAAGAACGCACCAGAGCCUUUUCGACUCAAACUAUACACAGACAACAUCUUGACCUCGACAAUUUGUCAUUCAAAUCAGAAAAGACUACUCUCAAGUCCAAGUAUUCCAUGUCUGAGGACUUAGAUAUUGAAAAGGUCACAUCGAAAGUGGACAAAAAGUUGAUGAGUGCCUCGCACAGUCCAAUUAGAAAAGCCGAUAUUUACACAGGUUUAACUGAAUUUGAUACAUUAGAAGAAGCCAUUGGCUACUUAACAGACUGGGCAACAUCACAAGGACUGAUCAUCAGAAAGGGAAGUGCAAAUAACAAGACCAACAAAGAUGGAACAAGGAAGAAGCAAGUAUUAGUCUGCCAAUGUUCUGGGAAGUACCGAAGUACAUCAUGCAAUCCCAAAGAUACUUCUGGAUCGAGUUUUGAAGAACCACACCAAGAACGAAAAAAGCGAAAGAGUAAGAAGACUGAAUGCCCUUUUAGGAUCAACCUCAAUUUCAAAGCCAAACUUGGGAAGUGGAAAAUCACGAAGAUGGUUUUACAACACAACCACUUGUAG